GGUUGUAGUGCAGAGCAUCGUUGUGCUCUUGCAGGGUUCUGCGUGGGCGCGCCCCUCCUGCACAACCACGACCCGACAGCGAGGUUUCUCGGGGCUCCUCGCAUCCAGAUGAUUGUAAAGUGCUGAUUAGUGGCCACUGAAUAGAAUUGAAACAGAAUAGCAAGAUGGCAGCAAAUCCUUCAGGACAAGGUUUUCAAAAUUAAAACAGAGUUGCGAUUUUGGCUGAACUGGACAAAGAGAAAAGAAAAUUACUUAUGCAGAACCAAUCUUCAGCAAGUCACCCUGGAGCUAGCAUCUCCCUCUCCAGACCCUCUCUUAAUAAGGACUUUCGGGAUCAUGCUGAGCAGCAGCACAUUGCAGCCCAGCAGAAGGCAGCUCUGCAGCAUGCUCACGCACAUUCAUCCGGAUACUUCAUAACUCAAGACUCAGCGUUCGGGAAUCUCAUUCUCCCUGUUUUACCUCGCCUUGACCCAGAAUGAAGACGGCGUCUGAAUAAAGGGAACUCAUACUAUCCAGUGGCAGAGCUCUCAUUCAGCUCUGUACAAACUGACUUUGGAAUUUUGGAGAACUUAGUUUUUGUUUCUUUAAAGAAAGGAAUAAGUGAGUGAG